AUGCCUCGCACUGCCCUCUUCGUCAUUGACAUCCAAAACGAGCUCGCCGGGAACCCGCAGACCGAGGUCCCCAGCGCCGCGCGGAUCCGCGCCGCCGGCGAGCGCAUCCUCGCCGCCAGCCGCGCCCUCGCCGGCCACUCCGCCGCCGCCGGCGACCAGAAACCGGCGCUGACCGUCUUCGUGCAGCACGAGGAGAGCCCCGAGAGCGGCGGCACGCUCGUCCGCGACACCGAGCCGUGGAAGCUCGUCUUUCCCCCUCGCGAUGGCGCUUCUGACGAGAUUCUCGUCGCCAAGACGACUCAAAACACAUUCGAGUCAAACCCGGACCUCGCAGACAAGCUCAAGGACGCCGGCGUCGACCACAUCGUCGCGUUUGGCUUGCAGAGCGAGUACUGCGUCGGCGAGACGUGCAAGGGCGCGCAUUCCACCUACCACGACGGCCAGGGAAAGAAGGCUGCGGAAAUUGAGCGGGAGAUUGAGGAGAUGCUGGUCGGCCGCGGGGCCAAGCUGGUGCCUUGGGAGAACGCAGUGUCGCAGUGGCAAACGGCCGGUGUGGUGCACUAA